CACAGCAUCCAUCAUCAUAUCCUCUCUUCCAUCUUUCUGUUAAAUUAAUAAUUUGUAAGCCCCCGGCGACCUAUUUACAUUUUCUACUAGUUUGAUAUACAUAGAGUAAAAUCUUACCGGGAGGUCCUAUGGAUUUCCUCCGGCGAUCAAAUUCCGACCAAGAUUGUGUCUUUGGUUCAGCAACUGCUGCUUUCCAGGUUUCAGUUUCAAUGCAUUAGUUAGCCCCUUAAUACUGUUACCAUACAGAUCGCUUGUCCCUCAAUUAACUUCAUUAUAGUUAUUAUGGAUAUUGCUGUUGAAUUAUUAAGAUGCAAUCAUUGAAAUCUGGUUGAUUGUUUAUUUUAUUUUAUUAAUUUUUAUUUUUAAAGAUUGAAGGAGGUGUUGACAACGGAGGAGGAAUAGGAGAUUCCAUGACCACUAGGGAUAUCUUAUUCUUUGCCAAAGACAAUGCUGGAGAAAGAGAGUCGGAAUUUUAUAAAGAAGGGAUUGACAAUCAUGAGAAACAUAUAAGCAGACUCAGCGCAAACGGUAACCCAUCGUCUCCCAAAUUACCCAAUGGCAAUGGGAGAUCUACGGCGGAGUCUCAGCUCUCGACGUAUAAGGAUUCUGAGGAGGAGAAGCGGGACAUCAUUGUCGGAAGGAGCAGAAAUGCCACAUACUUGGCUGUGACUGAACCGGAAGCCGACAAAAAAUCUACCGGGGAUAAGAAUGCUUACAUGGCCGCCACUCUGGCUCGUUAUGUAAAGACUCUUGCUGAAAGAACCAAGCACCAGUUGGGGUAUCAACUGAAUUUGGAUUUGGAUUAUGGGGAUCUCAAUCAAUUGCUGAACUUCCACAUUAACAAUGCUGGUGAUCCGUUUGUUGAGGGGAAUUUAGGUAUCCAUUCAAGACAGUUUGAAGUUGGGGUCUUGGAUUGGUUCGCCGGGAUGUGGGAAAUCGAGAAGGAUGAAUACUGGGGUUAUAUCACCGGCGGUGGGAGUGAGGGAAAUCUUCACGGAAUCCUGGUCGGAAGAGAACUCUUUCCGGAGGGAAUUCUGUAUGCAUCCAGAGAAUCUCAUUACUCUGUUUUUAAGGCUGCCCGAAUAUGCAGAGUGGAAUGCGUAAAGGUGGAAACUUUAGUCACCGGGAAGAUAGACACUGCUGAUUUCAAGAAAAAACUAGCUAUGAACAGAGACAAACCAGCCAUUGUCAAUGUAAACAUAGGAACAACAGUCAAGUGCGCUGUUGACGAUCUUGAUCGCGUCAUAAAAAUCCUUGAAGAGUCAGGAUUCUCUGAAGACAGGUUCUAUAUCCACUGUGAUGGAGCUUUGUUUGGAAUGAUGCUGCCGUUCAUCAAACAUGCGGCAGCAAGAGUUUCAUUCAAGAAGCCUAUUGGAAGUGUAAGUGUUUCAGGCCACAAGUUUCUGGGUUGUCCAAUGCCGUGUGGAGUACAGAUCACCAGAUUAAAGCACAUAAACACACUGUCAAACAAUGUGGAGUAUCUUGCUACAAAGGAUGCCACAAUCACGGGAAGCAGAAAUGGACAUGCUCCCAUCUUUCUGUGGUAUAAAAUUAACCGAAAAGGGUACAGGGGAUUGGAGAAUGAAGUUGUAAAGUGUCUAGAAAAUGCUCGCUACUUGAAGGACCGACUUCGAAAAGCUGGGAUCAGUGCCAUGCUGAAUGAGCUGAGUAAUACAGUAGUGUUCGAGCGACCGCGCAAUGAUGAGUUUAUUCGUCGAUGGCAACUUUCUUGUGAAGGAAAUAUAGCGCAUAUUGUCGUGAUGCCACAUAUCAACGUCGAGAAGCUGGAUAACUUCUUAGAUGAAUUCGUCGAGGGACGAUCGUUGUGGUAUGGAAAGGAAAGGGUCCUGAUGCCUCCCUGUCUUGCAAGGGAUGUGGGGAGUCAAAACUGUUUAUGCCCUCUUCAUCAGCUAUGA